AUGGAUCCUUCGCCCUCUCCUCUCUACGCUAAAGUCUCCGAUAAAAGCAGAAGUGCUCGGGCUUUGCUGGACCCCCUGCUCCAGAUGGGCUUCGCAGAGCAUCACGCACAGAAGGCCCUGGCAGCGACUGGGAGAAGAUCAGUGCAGGCGGCAGCCGACUGGUUGCGAUCACAUAAAAAGGACCCCACGCUGGAUGAUCCCAUCCCCCAAGAGUUUAUUCUCUAUCUAAUUCCUUCAGGGCCCUUAGGGGACACACUGGAGGAUUUCUGGGAACAGAGUCUCAAGCUGUGUGGGUGGAACAAAGCACACGCCAGCUUCCCUCACAUGACUUUGUGUGAUUUCUUCACGUGUGAAGAUUGGAAGGUGGACUCCUUAUAUAGAGCACUGAGGAGAGCUGGAGACCUCAUCCUUCCCUUCUUUCCCAAGACAAUAUCCCUCUCCCUUUAUUCUUCAAGCUCAUUCAUUGGUUUCUUCAUAAACGAGGGUACAGCCACCACUAUCAGGAGAUUCAUGGACAUGUUCUGUGAAGAGGCCAAAAAGCUGGCAGACUGCUCAGUAAAGCUCUUGUCGAGAGAUUUCCACCUCACAUUGGCCCACAGAUUCUCUCCACAUCACCAGGGGACCCUGGAGCAUUUGGCCAAAUCCUUGUGCCCUACGCAGAGCUGCGAGUGGGAGGCAGUCCUGUUUUCCAGGGACAUGCGGUUCGUUCAUUGUAAGACCCUCCGAGCUCUCUUCCCUUUCAAGCCAAAUAAUGCCGAUGAGUUGAAGCUCAGUCCGGGAGAAGUCGUUUACAGGGACACAAUCCGCCAGCCCAGCACAACCGAUGGAUGGUUAAUGGCCAUUUCCCACAGGACAGGGUGUCAGGGGAUGGUUCCAGAGAAUUAUUUGGAGAAGGUGAAAGACACUGCCACUUGGGUCAAGCACCGCUCGUACAGGUUCACUCUCUCCAGGGUUCACCAGGAAGUGACACUUGGCCCAGAGGACAAGGAGAGAAAGCGUCUGGAAAGCCAGGUGCACAGUCGAAGCUUGCUUAUAGUGAGUCAUGGAGAGAGCGUGGACGAGGUUUUUGGCCCUAGCUGGCUGAGUGAGCGCACUCUCACUAAAGGGGUUUAUACUCGCACAGACCUGAACCUCCCCUCGAGGCUGCCAGACCGGGAGAAGCUGUUAGACUUUGAAUGGGACCCACCGCUGUCCUCCUGCGGGACCUUCCAGGCCAGGCUCGUGGGUGAGGCACUUCUGGAUGCCCCCGUACAGUGCGACUCCGUGCUCUGCUCUCCUGCCCUGCGCUGUAUCCAAACGGCUCAUCACAUCCUCAAAGGCAUGCAGCAGGAUCACCAGGUAAAGAUCUGUGUGGAUUGGCGUCUUUAUGAUUGGACUGAAAACAACAAGAUUUCAACCCCGCGGUUUGUGACAUCAGAGGAGCUUGAACAGCACGGAUACAACAUGGACACCGCAAACAGUUCUCCGGAUUCAACACCAUCCCCUGAGGAGCUUUAUGCAGAAAGCCCCAAACUCCGUGCGGAUAACAUUAUAAAACGUGUCAAAGAGAAAUCAGGUUAG